AUUUUGGAGACAUGUUUAGUUCAUGCGUGUUUGUUUGUCUUCUUAGAUUGGGUCAGAAUACAUUACUUCUAGAUAGACGAUAAGCAUACUUAGAUUAUAAACAGAUUGGAAUGUAUGUCAGGCACAUAAAACACAAACGGUUUUUAUGCCAGAGGAUUGUGAUAUCAAUUACGUGCAUCGCUCGUCCAUCCUGCAGUCAUAACCUAAUUAGCAUAUCCGUGUUCCUGUAUAUGCGUGUGUGUGGGUGUGUGUGUGUGCGUACGUGCGUAUGUGUGUGUACGUUCCAGCCCUCGCAUGCCUCAGUGUCAUGAAAACAGUGCAUGAAAUAUAGUGUCUGCAGGAAUCUCAAUGGUGCGGAUUUGAGGAACGCGCGGUGAGGACGAAAGAGAGAGAGAGAACUCGUGAUAAACUGAGGAAGAAAGGAAAAUGGGAAUAAAUAUGUGAAAAAGGAAGAAACACAAAGAUAAAAAAUCAAGAAAAUAGUUUUUAAAAUAACAGAGAAAACGAACUCUAGUGGAUAAAAAAAAAUACAUUAAAACCCCGAAAUGGUGAACAUCAGCGCCAAUUUCUCCCCUGGCGGCACCCAGAGGAACUACAACGGACUGACCAGCUACCGCCUGCUGGCCAAUGGGCGUGAGAAAUACGGGCGUGGGGGCAGGGGAGUGGGCGGCCAGGUGUACAGUCGGAAAAUCAUGUUCGUGCAGCCCGCCCCCCAGACUGUGAAAUUUCCCUUCAACCCAGCGGAUUACACCUACACCUAUUUCAACUGGCCGCCGUGGUACCAGGCCCAGUCUGUGGAGGAGUACAGACAGACCCAGACGAAGGUCAACGGCCUGCAGAGAAGCCCCAGCACCUCCAACUACCGAGCUGUUGAGUUGCAUAACAUCCCCUUGCCGACUACAGGAGGCCACGUCACAGGUCAGAGGUCAUGUGCAGGCUCCCCCUUCAAGUUCCACGUUGACUCCAUUUCCUCGGGUUACGUAACAGCCUAUGGGUCCGGCCUGGUUCAUGGCAUCACAGGCGAGCCAUGCAAUUUCAUGAUCUCCACCAAGGACGCUGGUGCAGGUAGCUCCACACUGCGCGGCGGUCUCUCCCUAGCCGUGGAAGGACCGAGCAAGGCGGAGAUCUCCUGCCACGACAACAAGGACGGCACCGUGUCCGUCUCCUACCUGCCCACCUCCCCCGGCGAGUACAAGGUCUCGGUCAAGUUCGCGGACAAGCACAUUAAGGGGUCGCCGUAUUCCGUCAAGGUGACCGGCGAGGGGCGCAAGAGGAACCAGAUCAGCGUGGGCUCGCAGUCCGAGGUCAGCUUCCCGGGCAAGAUCUCCGACACCGACAUCAAGACCCUCAAUGCUUCGAUCCAGGCGCCGUCCGGCCUCGAGGAGCCGUGCUUCCUCAAGAAGCUGCCCAACGGACAUCUCGGCAUCUCCUUCACUCCCCGCGAGGUCGGCGAGCACCUGGUGUCCGUGAAGCGCAUGGGAACGCACAUCGCCAACUCGCCCUUCAAGAUCACCGUCGGCGAGAAGGAAGUCGGUGACGCCUCCAAGGUCAAGAUCACCGGAGAAGCCCUGAAGGAGGGCGUGACCCACAAGGAGAACCAGUUCACCAUAGACACGAGGGAGGCUGGCUACGGCGGUCUGUCGCUGUCCAUCGAGGGCCCCUCCAAGGCCGACAUCCAGUGCAAGGACAACGAAGACGGCACUCUCACCAUUGGCUACAAACCCACCGAGCCCGGCUACUACAUCGUCAACCUCAAGUUUGCUGACAACCAUGUUCCUGGGUCGCCGUUCACUGUUAAGGUGACGGGCGAGGGCUCGAACCGACAGACGGAGCGCAUCAAGCGGCAGCGCGAGGCCGUCCCGCUGACCGAGGUUGGCUCUCAGUGCCGCCUGACCUUCAAGCUGCCCGGCAUCUCCUCCUUCGACCUCUCGGCCACCGUGACCUCUCCCGGGGGCAUCACCGAGGACGCCAUGGUGUCCGAGGUCGAGGACGGCCUCUACGGGGUCAACUUCGUGCCCAAGGAGCUGGGUGUCCACACCGUGUCCGUCAAGUUCCAGGACAUGCACAUUCCCGGCUCGCCCUUUCCAGUUCACCACGCUGUUCGGGACGCCGUUCGAGAAGCCGUUCGGGACAUGAUGGAGGAGGCGCCGCGCUACAAGACCUUCUGCUCGUACACCGUGGGCGGAGGGUCCGUCAGCUCCCACCCGGCCCCACAGCCCCCACAACCACAGAAGAUGGUUUCUCCGCCCGCACACCGCCCACAGGCCCACGCGCCCACGCAACACCAGGGGUCCCCCAAACAGGUUCCGUCAGGGUCUGGUUACCCACAGAUGGUCGCGCCCCCCACACACCCACAGAUGGUGGGACCGCCCACUCACCCACAGAUGGCCGCGCCUUCCAAAUACCAACAGAUGGCAUCCCCACGCUCUCAGCAGCACCCACACCCGCAGAUGGUCGCCCCGCCCCAGCACGUGCAUCCGCCCACCCGCCCACAGAUGGUGCUCCCACAGAUGGCUGGGCCUCCCACGCGACCCCAACCAGCUGGCACACCCCCACACCCUCAGAUGGUCCCCCCGCCCACGCACGGCCAGGUGGGCGGCCCCCAGCGGCAGCAACACCCACAGACAGGAACGCCCAUUUAUAGCGAGUACCGCGUGGGCAUCAAGUUCAACGACAAGCACAUCCCCGACUCGCCCUACAAGGUGUACAUCUCCCCCGACAUGGGCGAGGCGCGCAAGGUGGAGAUCGCGCAGUUCCCCGAGCAGGGCGGCAAGCCCAACAAGGCGCAGAACCUGCUGGUGCUCAAGAACGGCGCCAAGGGCACGCUCGACUGCAAGCUGGUGGCGCCCUCCGGCCACGAGGACGACUGCUUCACGGACCCCCUGGACUCGGACACCUACAGCGUGCGCUUCGUGCCGCGCGAGAUCGGCAUCCACUACAUCCACGUCAAGUUCAACGGCAUCCACAUCCCCGGCUCGCCCUUCCGCCUCAGGAUCGGCAAGGACGAGGCCGACCCCGCCGCCGUCUCCGCCGCCGGGAAGGGCCUCGAGUCCUGCGUGUCCGGCCACAAAUCCGACUUCAUCGUGGACACAUGCAACGCCGGUGCGGGCACGCUGGCUGUCACCAUAGACGGCCCCUCCAAGGUCUCCAUGGACUGCACGGAGGUCGAGGAAGGCUACAAGGUCAGGUACACGCCCCUCGUGCCCGGCGACUACUACAUUGCCAUCAAGUUCAACGGCUAUCACAUUGUUGGGUCGCCGUUCAAGGUUAAGUGCUCAGGCGAGGCCGUAGCGGAGAAGGGCGUGCAGGAGUCCUCUUCAGUAGUAGUAGAGACAGUAGAGAAGCAGAAAUCGGACAAACACGGCCACGGCGGACCCAUCAUCCCCAGGUUUACCUCUGAUGCCUCCAAAGUCACCAGCAAAGGCCUGGGAUUGAAGAAGGCUCACCUCAACCGACAGAACAACUUCACGGUCAACGCCUCAGCUGCCGGUAACAACAUCCUUUAUGUUGGUGUCUAUGGCCCCAAAGCACCUUGUGAAGAGGUCUAUAUCAAGCAUAUUGGCCAUAACAAUUAUCAGGUUGGAUACAAGAUCAAAGACCACGGAAACUACUUGAUCCUUGUGACUUAUGGAGAUCAACACAUUCCCGGCUCUCCCUUCAUGGUGACAAUGUUCUAAGACUCCCCAUCAAUUCAUGCUAUAGAUCGGUUACGUCAUCCGCGACAAGGGCGACUACAUCCUCAUAGUGAAGUGGGGCGACGACCAUAUUCCAGGGUCACCCUUCCACGUCACGUGUUAAUUCACUCGCAAGUUCGGAUUCGUCGGCCACUCCUUCUCCAACACCCCCCCCUCCCUCCCUCUCCCCCCUUCCCUUUCCUUUCCUUCUCUCUCCCUUUUCCUUUUUCCCUUGGUUCUUAUCUCUCUUCUAUUGUUUUCUCCUCCUUUUUCUUACCCCAACCCCCCCCUUCCCACACACACACCUACCCACCCUGGAUUUGUGGUUCCUGGUCGUCUCCUGAUAGCAUAUCUCCUAAGAAUGACAUUAAUUUUAUAAAUGGUUAGCUGUAAUUAAAUGGCAUUUUUUUUUUUUCUUUUUUUUUCAACUUUUUUUUUUUUUGUCACUAUCUUGUUAAUUUAUUCAUAACUCCUCAUGAACGUACCUUUCAACACUAAGGAUAGAUUCACUAUGUUGGACUGGGAAACUUACGCUCAUUUAGAAUUCACAAAUGGUUUAGGUUAGAAAGGGACGUAGCUUUUGUGCUGAACAAAUCCAUCCAACUCUAAUCGCAGACAAAUUGCUGUGUAAUUUUUACUGUGAAAAAAAAGUGGGGUAAAUCCAUCCAGUUUUAUAUGCAGACACAAAAUUGUUGAGAAGAGUAUUUCUUUCUUUCUCUGUCAGUGUGUAUGUUUACUUAUAUAUGUAUCAUCCAUGAAAGAGAUUCUUUUUAUAGUUUUUUCUCUAAUUUUUUUUCUUCCGAAGUAUACACGGUGCUCCCUCUACGUUAAGGCUUGGCUUAUAUCUAUAAAUGCUCACCAAUAGUUGUGCCUAACCAUUGGAGAAAAGUUUACUGUUCCUGUUAUGUUGUUGAAAUUAUAAUAAAUAUUAUUUAGCUAACAUUCUAAAUUAUUAUAGGUACUUAAAAACUUAUAAAAAAAAAUAAUAUGUGCUUGAUUUGCUCUGCUACUGAAGGCUAGGAUACAUAAAGCAAAAAAUGCAAAAAAAAGUAUAUAUUAUUUCCCUCCUCUUCCCCCAAAGUAUACAGAAGUUCAUAGAUUGAGUUUCCAUGCUUGUAUUUAGUUGUAAGAAUGAAAGUUGCAAUUUUUUUUGCCAUCAGAUUCUUCGUAAAUUGCUAGAGAAGUUCUCGGCAAUCUUUCAUCUUUCAGUCUGUACGUGUGAUUCUUCACUUACUGUUACUUUGAUUUUUUUUUUCUUCUUGAUUAUUAUGAUUAUUAUUUUUUGGGCAAAUUCUAACAGUGAUCAACCUACAGAUCGUAUAAGAGCGAGGAUUCUUCAAAACCAAUCUUACUCGGUGAUGUGUACGAUGAUUUUGAAUACCUUGCCAAACCCCAUGAUGAAAUAGAUGCUGAUUAAGUGCCAAUUUGACUUUCUAUUCAUUUGUAAAUUGCUAUGGCUUUAUUGUUGCAGAGAAACUUGUGUUAAAGCUCCUCUUCAAGCCUAAAUAGUUAACUCAUUUGUAAGCUUGGUACUCAGACCCUCAAAUAUGCCAUUGUGGCCCAGAGUAUAAAUAUUUUCACAAGAGGAAAUAAAAGGCUUAAGUGGGAUAAA